CUGCUGUGAAUAGAUUUUCUGCCAGGAUGAAGCUCGUGGUUUAUUUCACUCUCCUCACCUCUGCAGUUCAUGCUGUUGUGCUGAGAAAAAGACAAAGUUGCCCGCAGGUUUGCGAUACCUCUCAGUGCCCAGCCCCGCCGCAGGCCUGUUACUACGGCCAGGUGAAGGAUGGAUGCAGCUGCUGCGUGGUGUGCGCGGCCGGGGAGGGGGACGCCUGCGGGGAUCUGAGCGGUGGCGGCCUCUCCUGCGGUGACGGGCUGCUGUGCGAGUCUGUCCCGGGGAAGCUCGGUGGGAUCCACAGCUCCUGUGUGUGCGCCUCCUCCGGCCCGGUGUGCGGCAGCGAUGGCAGGACUUACCCCAGCAUCUGCCGUCUGAGAGCCGAGAACAGGAGAGCCGAGCUCGAUGAGGCCCCCACGGUCAUUUUGAUCCAGAGAGGUUGGUGUGACUCAGGAAUGCAACAUCAAGGAAGUAUGCGCUAUAAGUUCAACUUCAUUGCAGAUGUGGUAGAUAAGAUUGUCCCAGCUGUGGUGCAUCUGGAGCUUUUCCAAAGAGUGCCAUUUUCUGGUGAGGAGAUCUCUGUGUCAAGUGGCUCUGGGUUUGUAGUGUCAGAGGACGGCUGGAUUGUCACUAACGCUCACGUACUUACCAACAAACAGAGGAUAAAAGUCGAGUUGAAAAGUGGUGUGCACUACGAUGCUACAGUCAAGGAUGUGGACCAGAAGAUGGACAUUGCACUCAUCAAAAUCGAACCAGAUAGUCCCUUGCCUGUGCUCCAUCUCGGCCAGUCCUCAGACCUGCGCCCUGGUGAGUUCGUGGUGGCUGUGGGAAGCCCUUUCUCCCUUCAGAACACCGUCACAACCGGCAUUAUCAGCACUGCCCAGCGCAAUGGCCUGGAGCUGGGCUUUAAGGACUCGGACAUGGACUACAUCCAAACUGACGCCAUCAUUAAUUAUGGCAAUUCUGGUGGGCCGCUUGUCAACUUGGAUGGGGAUGUAAUAGGUAUUAAUACUCUGAAAGUGGCAGCAGGAAUCUCUUUCGCCAUCCCUGUGGACAGAGUACGUCAAUUCCUUGCUGAUUCCUACAUCAGACAAGUCAAUGGAAAUACAGGACAAAAAAAGAAACACAUAGGCGUCCGGAUGCUGCAGCUCUCACCAACUUUGAUUCAACAUCUCAAAGAGCGUGUGGAUGAAUUUCCAAAUGUGAGCUCAGGUGUUUACAUUUAUGAGGUAAUACCCGGAACAGCUGCAUCCAGCGCUGGCAUAAUCAAUCACGACAUCAUCAUCGGCAUCAAUGGGCAGCCCAUCCAAACCAUAGAGGAAGUGAGGGAAGCUGUCCAGAAUGGUCGUGCACUUUCAGUGAUGUUGAGACGAAAGGAUAAGGAUGUCGUGCUAACUCUCAUUCCUGAGGACUGACUGAUACCACUGCCUAUACAUGUCAGCAAUUAAAGACAAAACGUACUUUAACAUACUGUACCGCUGGUAAAACAGCUGUCGGGGAUGUACCCUGCAUUAAUUGGUCUGUUUUGUGUUCACGAGUGAGAACGUUUUGUCAGUUCCUCAGGAUGAAGGCGCAAGGGCUCCUUUUUAGAGCUGCCAUUUUACACAGAAGUUCAGUGAUCUUAGGGAAGGAAUCGUCCAAGGAUAGACAAGGUUCUACACCUAUGACACGAAGCAACUAAACACAAUUGUAUCACAGCCCAGUCUUAAAAUGCAGAAACAUUCCAAUACCCAUACACCCUAUUUUGAAGCAGUAAGAUGGAAAUUAAUGACUGAAGUAUAAUUAGACAGAAAGCAGGUUUGUACACCAAAGAAAUGAACUAUCUGUGGUCACGAAAUGACUUAUGGAAUAAAAUGAACGUGAAAAACUGGUGGAUAGAGGGUGAGUCCACCCAAAACCAUGCAGAUACUUUUGAUUUUAUUUGCCCAAGUUUUAAAAAGUCCAUCUCUGAGAUUUAUGCCUCCACCCUGAUUUGUGGUGCUCACACCAUUGGAAAAUGUCAUUUUUGCUCCAGAUUGUGUAUAAAGUGCUCAUCUGAGUAUUCGGCUGAACCCUAGUACAUUGUCUCUAAAAACACAAAUAUCACACUGUUUAAAUUUUAAAAGGUAAAUAAAAAAAUCAAUACAUCAGAAAGUUAUAUUGGGUAUGACAACUCAAGUUUAUAGUUUUUACUUCAUACUUAAUGA